UUUAAACUAACUUUCACGGCAGGGUUAUUAGUAUUCAGUUUUUAAAGAGAAAUAACAUCGAGCCAUUUUUUGUUAUCAUUACCCUGAGUUACACUCGUGGAAAUACAUUCUGAAUAAGGAGGAGACAAAAUCGAGAAAUUGAAGCAGGUGCGUAUUACACCUACCAAAAUGCGAACUCGGAUUUGGAAUAUUGUAGCUCUAUUGCUACUUGUGGCAGUUUCUGUGAGCAAAGCCGAAACCUGUGAAAGCCUGCUAUACGAGUCGGAUGUCCCCCUCGCCUUCAAUAUCCGCGCCUAUGAGACCAUUACGACGUUUCCGGGGUCACUGAUGGGGACCUGUUCAGACAGGUGUCUGAGGGACCCCUCGUGUCUGGCCGUGGAGAUCUGCGAGUCCGGAGGUACCAAGUACUGUCGACUGGUGCGGGGCUGGACCCCCGGCUACAUGGGAGUGACCGGUACGGAGACAUGCCAGCAGUACGCAGUCGAACUGAACACGACUUGUGGUGCGUUGGAGUUCUACGACAGAGAGACGGCGCAAUGUGUACAGCAAGACGUAUGUAACUUUGAGUUGACAACGGAACCAUCGUGUUUCCUGACGGAGACCACUGGUGACAUUUUCGACUGGACGAGAAGAUCGGGAUCCACAUCAUCUGUGUCUACUGGACCGCCCUCAGCCAAGGUUGGAAGUUACUAUAAAUACACAGAAACCUCCUCCCCACGACUCACCGGGGACACGGCCUGGCUGGUCAGCAACAGAGUGUUCGAGGACAAGACAUAUUGCCUUUCCAUGUAUUACCAUAUGUAUGGCUCAACGCAAGGAACUCUUAAAAUUCAAACCAUAACCGGAAGUGACCCCCCAGUGACGCAUUGGGAACUGUCUGGUGACCAAAGCAACACGUGGCACAGCCUUGACAAGCUCAACCUGCCUCUGAACAACAACACUAUGAUAAGGUUUGAAGGUAUCAGAGGGACCAACUACUACAGCGACAUGUCCAUCGACUACGUUGUGCUGUGGCCGUUUGCCUGUCCUUAGGUGUCCGAAGGCGGCGGGGAACUAGAACGCCACCUGCCAUCAAGAAAAAUAACUCUUUGGGGUUUUAGUGAUAGAAUCUAUCUGAUUGAUAAUGACAGUAUUUUGCUGAUAUUUACUCGACAAUUGUGUGGUUUUCUUUCGAUCGAUCUGUUGAAUUUUCUUUGUCUCAUGUAAUUCUACUUCAUCUAAAGAGGCUUUUAUGCACAUGUUUUAUCUUUUUUAAAUAUU